GAAACCCCGUGGACUGCGUUCAGUCGUACGGGCUGAGAGUCAGCUGUGGUUUGGUACGCCGACAUCUGCAAGUAUACAGCGCAGUCAUGUCUGAGGAAAAAGACAAUCUCGUGUCUUUCGCCAAGUUUGCGGAGCAGACCGAGCGUUACGAGGACAUGGCCGAAUGCAUGAAGAAAAUGACGGAAGGCAAUCCCGAGCUGUGCAACGAGGAGCGUAACCUGCUGUCGGUAGCCUACAAGAAUGUUGUGGGCGCCCGCCGAUCCUCCUGGCGCGUGAUAUCCAGCAUCGAGCACAACCAAGAGGACGAGUCGAAGAAAGAGCUGGCCAGGUCGUACAAACAAAAAGUUCAGAGUGAGCUGGUCAAAAUCUGCAAGGAAGUGCUGGAACUCCUGGACAAGUAUCUCAUUACAAAUGCCAAGGCACCCGAGAGUAAAGUAUUCUACAUGAAAAUGAAAGGCGAUUACUACCGCUACUUGGCUGAGGUGGCUUCAGAUGAAACCAAAACAGACACUGUUGGCAAAUCGCAGGAGGCCUACCAGAAUGCUUUUGACAUCGCCAAACAAGAGAUGCAGCCGACGCACCCGAUCCGUCUCGGACUUGCUCUUAAUUUCUCUGUGUUCUACUACGAGAUACAAAGUUCCCCCGACCAGGCCUGCCAACUGGCCAAGCAGGCUUUUGACGACGCCAUUUCGGAGCUCGACACACUGAAUGAAGACUCGUACAAAGACAGUACGCUCAUCAUGCAGCUAUUGAGAGACAACUUGACGCUGUGGCACUCUGAUGGUCAGACCGAUGAGGCAGAACAGCAGCAGAAUUGAGCCAGGCCCCCUUUCGUCAUCCCUGUCUGUCUGCCUGCCUGCCAUUGUCCAAGCUCAUCUUCAUCAGGAUCGUUAACACCGACACCACCUCAUCGUCGUCGUUCGAUUUCCAUCCUUUUUUUUUUUUUUUUUUUUUUUAUCUGUGUCCCUCAGCACUCAUCAUCCUCCAUCGGUUUACUGUUCCUUCUCCUGUAACUGUGUGGAAAGGGGAUGGGGAGGGAGGGUACGUUUUCAGAGGGUGUGGCAAGUUGAUAAGUUACCCAAGUUGGGGGAUCAGGGUGCCUGACCUUUGACCUUUUCUGUAUUUGGGAGCAAUACCGGUGUCGCGUUAUUCUGGUGGUGGGUGAGCGAGCAAGCGAAGUCAGAGAAAAGUCGAGCUGUGUGUGUGUGUCCUGCUUGGUCCUGUUCGGGAGUCCCUGAAGCAGGAGCCGACUCGUCACCCGAGGAGGCGGCGGCUCGGUCUGUACUGAGGGAGAGCGAAGACAGGAGGCGUAACGGGGGAGCGCUGGAGAUGGAAGACUAAAGAUUACAUUCCAUUUACUCUCAGUUGCUCAACUUUCUACUCAUUAUGUUGGGGUUAUUUUUUUGUUGUCGUUGGGCUUUUUUUGGGGGGUGACCUGCUUUUUGUACUUAAGUAUCAAUUACGAGGUAUAGAAAAUUUUGAAGAACAAAAGAGCACACAACCUUGUAUUGUUGCUGUUUUGUAUGAGCACAGCAGUAAAAACAAUCCCACGUGCUUAUCUAGUUACUGGUUUUUCAAAUUACAAAUGUAUUUGUUUCGUCCGUCUUUUAAUACUUGCCUGAACUGCAUGUUGGGAGGAGGGAGCUUGUGGAGGAGGAAAGUCGUUGUUGGGCUGUUUAGCUUCGUUUGUCUUUUUCAUACAGAAUACCUGAGCAUAACUGUUAUCUGGGGGAAAAACAUGUAAUUUCAUGUAAGUGGAAUAAAAAAAAUAUUUAAAGUUUCA